UCCCAUCGCGCCCUGCGGCUCCCAUAGUGCCUUGCGGGCCUAGCAUGGCUGCUAUUUUGCCUGUGCUGAGGGAGUGAAGCUGGAGGGGGGCGGAGGGACUGCCGCCUCUGCUGCCUUGCGUGCCCGCCAUGGGGCUGAAGCCGUGGCAGAAGGCCCUGUUCCCGCUGCGCUCGGUGGAGGACGUGGUGCGGCUAUUCAUGGCCGAGCUGCAGCAGGAGCAGCCCGAUCUGGUGCUGCUGUCGCUGGUGCUGGGUUUUGUGGAGCAUUUCCUGGCUGUGAACCGCGUCAUACCCACCAACGUCCCGGGCAUCAGCUUCGAGCCAUGCCCGGGACCGGAGCCCGACAGCCUCACCUACUUCCCUGUGGCUGAGCUGUCCAUCGUGGCUGCGCUGUACGCCCGCUUCACCGCCCAGAUCCGUGGCGCUGUUGACCUGUCCCUCUACCCCCGGCCCGAGGGCUUCUCCUCCCGCGAGCUGGUCAAGAAGGUGUCGGAUGUCAUCUGGAACAGCCUCAGCCGCUCCUACUUCAAAGACCGGGCCCACAUCCAGUCCCUCUUCAGCUUCAUCACAGGCACUAAGCUGGACAGCUCAGGGGUGGCCUUUGCUGUGGUGGGGGCCUGCCAGGUGCUGGGGCUGCCGGAUGUACACCUGGCGCUCUCUGAGGACCAUGCCUGGGUGGUGUUUGGUCGGGAUGGUGAGCAGACUGCUGAGGUGACCUGGCACGGCAAAGGCAAUGAGGACCGGCGUGGGCAGACCGUGAAUGCCGGCGUGGCUGAGCGGAGCUGGCUGUACCUGAAGGGCUCGUACCUGCGCUGUGACCGGCACAUGGAGGUGGCCUUCAUGGUGUGCGCCAUCAACCCCUCCAUUGACCUGCACACUGACAGCCUGGAGCUGCUGCAGCUGCAGCAGCGGCUCCUGUGGGUUCUCUACGACAUGGGGCACCUGGAGAGGUACCCGAUGGCACUGGGCAACCUGGCCGACCUGGAGGAGCUGGAGCCGACACCAGGCAGACCAGACCCCCUCUCCAUCUACCAUAAGGGCAUCAGCUCAGCCAGGAAGUACUACAACAAUGAGCACAUCUACCCCUACAUGUACCUGGCUGGCUACCACUGUCGGAACAAGAAUGUCAAGGAGGCGCUGGAGGCCUGGGCUGACACGGCCACUGUCAUCCAGGACUAUAACUACUGCCGGGAGGAUGAGGAGAUCUAUAAGGAAUUCUUUGAUGUGGCCAACGACGUGGUUCCCAACCUGCUCAAGGAGGUGGCUAACCUGGCAGAGCCACUGGAGGAGAAAGGUGCUGGGGAGAGAGGAGAGGGGUCCCCGGUGCAGGCUGGGGGCUCGGCCUUGCAGGACCCUGAGUGCUUUGCCCACCUGCUGCGCUUCUAUGAUGGCAUCUGCAAGUGGGAGGAGGGCAGCCCCACGCCUGUGCUGCACGUGGGCUGGGCCACCUUCCUGGUGCAGUCGCUGGGACGCUUUGAUGGGCAGGUGCGCCAGAAGGUGACGAUCGUGGCGCGGGAGGCGGAGGCCAAUGAGGACGAUGAACAGGGCAGCGAGGACCCCCGCGAGGGGCGCCGCCGCGGACCCCGCCGCGAGUCCAAGCCUGAGGAGCCCCCCCUGCCCAAGAAGAUCUCCGAGCGCCGGCGCCCCAGCUCAGGCCCGCGGCCAGACAAGCCCUCUGCAGCAGAGAAGGAGGAGGGGGGGCCCCCCGCCCCAGGGAUCCCCCUGGCUGCCCCGCCUGAGGGGCCUGUCCUCACCUUCCAGAGCGAGAAGAUGAAGGGCAUGAAGGAGCUGCUGGUGGCAGCCAAGAUCAACUCAAGCGCCAUCAAGCUGCAGCUCACAGCCCAGUCCCAGGUGCAGAUGAAGAAGCAGAAGGUGUCAGCCCCGAGAGACUAUACCCUGGCCUUCCUCAAGCGCCCCCGCAAGUCCCUCUGAGCCCUGUGGAGGGUGCUGGGGUGCAGUGCUGCCCCCUGCCAAGCUCUGCCAGGCUCAGCUUCAUGCGUCCCUUUAAAUAGGGCAUGGGGAAGUGCCCUGGCCCUGUCGCUCCCAGAUGCAGGGGCUGCCUCACCCCUGCUGUAGCUUUCCUGGACUCCCCAUGGCAUGAGGGAGGGGGCUCUGUGGGUUUGAUGAGCAGGGCAGCGAGGACUCCCGUGAGGGGCGCCGCUGCGGACCCCGCCGCGAGUCCAAGCCUGAGGAGCCCCCCCCCGCCCAAGAAGGCCUCCGAGCGCCGGCGCCCCAGCUCUAAUAUUACCCCCCCCCAAAGAGACAGGAGCUGUCAUGGCCUGAGCCCCCCUGAGCUCUGGGGUUCAGGGGUGAUGAGUUCUGUGUGUUCUCCACAUAUCCGGGAGAGCUGCAGGAAUUUGGGUGGAGGUUCUCUCUAUCUUGGACCCCUUCUGUUGAGGAGCUAUGUCCCUGUCCCCUCUGACACCCUGUAGGCUGUUUCUGGGUGAGGUCUCUCCAAAAUACAGACCCACCUGAGCCAGCCCAUGCCCUGCCCUGGGGCCAGGUUUGUGCUCACACCAUCUAGAGGAGAAGGAAGCCACAUCCCAUUCUGUGCCCCCCAGUCAGCCAUGUGGGGGAGGGGAGCUCUUUCUCUUUAGGCUGGGGGUGGGUGGGUUAGCAGCUCUAUUUGAUCUUUCCAGAGUCCAGCUGCUGUGUCCUGAGCUUCCAAGGCAUCUUCCGGCCCUGCACAAAGGCCUGGGUAGAGCCACAACUGUUCAGCGUGGCGGAUGCGGGGCUUUGUACCUCUUCCUCCCCUGGAGUUUGUAAUGUAAACUUCCUCCUCUCCGGUCAUGUCCCCCCCCCCUUCUGUUCUCAACUGAGGCCUUUCCCUUGAGAGCGCUGGAUCUGCUGGAGGGGUAGGUGCAGACAGCAGGGGUUGCUGGGGGGGAUCUGAGCAUGCCACCAGGCACAGGGGAAUAAUGAGGUAUGACCAACCACUGGGAACUUAGUGGGCUUUCCGCUGGGCUGUGACAGAUCCCGCUAAACAAGCCCCAGCAGGGCCGUAGCAAAUACAUUUGUAGUGGGCACUGCCUUCCCGGUGCAGCUUAGGCAGAGAGCUCCUGAGGCUGCGCUAAAUGGGGAAGCCAAGGGUCUUCUAAGCAACAUGUCCUGCUGGGCCCCACUGUCUCCCUCUAGUGGCUGACAUGGGGUUUGCAUUGAAGGGCCAUGGGGACAGAGCUGGGGUCGGAGCAGGCAGGGCUUUGUACAGUUAGAAGGCGGGUGGAGGUGCUGGGAUGGGACAGCUUUGGCAGGACUGCGAUAAACAGCCUGAGAGUUCCCACAAAGGGGGGGGGGGAGGACACGUCUACUAAAUGUGUAUUUUUUAGUAGCAUGAAGAGUUAAUAAAAAAGUUGGUUUUAAAAUA